GCGCUGCUCAGUCCCCACCAUGUCAUCUUUUAGCGAUCCGUCGCUAGCGGGCGCGGAGGUGCUCCUGCUACGGACGGGGGACUUGGCCAUGACCCGUUCGGCCUCGACCUCAUCUCGACCCCGAGACCUGCACUCCCACCUCACUGCCGUCCCAUGCGGAGACGAGAUUAAGCGCAGGGUAUGGCAAGAAGCGCGCGCAAGCGCAUCAGCUAUGUGCUGCCGCUGGCCAACUCGGCGGGCGGUCACCGGCUCGGCGUCAAUGGGCUGGCCGUCGACCCGCAGAGUGCGACGCUCUACUCGGGCGGGCGCGACGGCGUGAUAUGCGCCUGGGACCUGGGGCUCGACCUCCGCGCCGCCGACGAAGAGCUCGACCCGUUCGCGGACCACCACGCCGCCGACUACAAGCCGCCGCCGACGCAGUUCCGCUCGCAGGUGCAGGCGCACACCCACUGGAUCAACGACCUCGUGCUGGCCAAUGCCGGCGCCGCCCUCGUCUCGGCCUCGUCCGACAUCACCGUCAAAGUCUGGCGCCCGGCCGCCCACGAUUCGGCGCCCCCCGCGACCAUUGGCCUGCACACCGACUACGUCAAGCGCGUUGCGUCGCCCGGCCAGGCCGAGAGCUGGGUCGCGUCGGGCGGCCUGGACAGGAAGAUCAGCCUGUGGGACCUCAAUGGCGGCGGCCGGCGGCUGGAGAUUGACGUGGGCGAGGAGGACAACACCUCGGCCAAGGGCUCUGUCUAUGCCCUGGCUGCGUCGCCCAGCAUCAUCGCCAGCGGCGGGCCCGAGAGCGUCGUGCGCGUGUGGGACUCGCGCACCGGCAAGCGCAUCACCAAGUUCGUCGGCCACACCGACAACGUGCGCGACAUCCUCGUGGCCCAGGACGGCGAGACCAUCCUGACCGCCUCGUCGGACCAGACGGUCAAGGUGUGGUCCAUGACGGCCGGCCGCUGCAUGUACACCCUCACCAUGCACAACGACAGCGUGUGGUCACUGUUCUCCGAGGACCCCCAGCUGUCCACCUUCUACUCGUCCGACCGCUCGGGCAUCGUCGCCAAGACCGACGUGCGCAACUGCGCCGAGUGGGACGAGGGCAUAUCGGUUGCCGUAUGCCAGGAGCACGAGGGCGUCGCCAGGGUUGUCAGCGCCGGCGACUAUCUCUGGACGGCCACCUCGAGCUCCAGCAUCAACAGGUGGAGCAACGUCGACACCAGCGCCGAAGUCGAGCUGCCCGAGUCCUACAAGUGGCACAGAAACAGCGUCGCCACGACGCGCUCACGCUACCCUUCGCCGCCCGCACACAGCCCGCCGACGAACGGCACCACUGCCAAGAUCCCUGGACGGGCUCUCCUCCGCAUGUCGAACGCCGCGCCCUACCCGCAGCUGUACACCAAGGACCCGGACGCGUCGACGCUGGCCAGCGCGCGGAAGCCGACAGACGCUCCGGCUGAGCAUGGAGGCAUCAUACCUGUGCGAAGCGCGCCGGAUUUCUGCAUCGAAGGCCAGAACGGUCUCAUGAAACACCACCUCCUCAACGACCGCAGACGAGUCUUGACCAUGGACACAGCCGGAGAAUGCAUGCUCUGGGAUCUCAUACAGUGCAGCCCGAUCAAGUCGUUCGGCAAACGGCACAUGGAGGACGUUCUCCCCGAGGUGAACACCCAGGAGAGCGUCGCUCACUGGUGUGCUGUCGACACACGGAUAGGAACACUGACCUGCGUGCUCGAGGAGAACUACUGCUUUGACGCGGAGAUGUAUGCCGACGACCUGGAGCUGGAAGAACAGAUUGAGUUCCGCGACGAUCACAGGAUCAACCUAGGGAAGUGGGUGCUGCGCUACCUGUUCUCCAACCUCAUCGACGAGGAGAUCAAGCGCGACGAGGCCUACCGCGCCAAAUUGCUGCAAGAGAAACAGCAAGAGGCACAGACAAGUCGGCCAACAGCGAUCGAGAUGCCAAACGUCAGCAUCAACGGCUGGGAUCCUUCAGGGCCUACAUCUGGCUCUACAUUGAAAGGCAACGGCUUCCACUUUCCUCACACACCCGGGAUGGGCAUUGGCUUGGCGACUCCGCAGCUACCGCCUCACAGCGCUGGGCGGGGAGCACACAACAACGCACUUCUCACACCAACACACGAAGAGGGCAACCAGCUCGAACCUACGAAAUCGCAACGAAGCUCGACUCAAGAUGGCCAGGAUUACUUCGGACAAAGCGCACCCACCAACGGCAACGGUAAUGGUAACGGUAAGCCUGCAGAGACCGCUGCUGAGCCGAAAGAAGAGACGGUGUCGUCGCCCACCGCAGAGGACACCCCGUCGAAGAAGGGCAAGGGCAUGUUCGGCAAGAAGUUCAACAUGGGCUUCAGCAAGAAGAUGUUCGCGACCGGCACCGCAAUCGCCGCCGAGGUACCCAAGCCGGUGGUCGACGAGAAGGCAGAAGACAGCGACUCGCGGUCGACCAAGACUGACGAGAAGAUCUUCGACGACAACUUCGGCGGCUCCAUACAACGCAUACGACACGGCUACGAAGAGGCUCUCAGCUCGGGCGUGACGGACCUGGUCGCAGCGAUUGCGCCCAGCUUGCCCAACGACACGCCUGUGCUAAAGCCGCCCGCCAUGACCACGAUCCUCAUCCAGGAAGACCGGCCCGGGUCCGGUGGUGUCGCCGAUCUGUUCGAGGGCAAGGUCGGCACGCUGGCGCUGCAGGCCGAUCUGAUUGAGAAAGCGGCGCCGAUGUGGCUCGGCGAGGUGCUGCUGCGGAACCAACUCCCCCCCAAGGACAUCGUCAAGGUCUCCUUCGUCCUCGAGCCCUACCAGAACAUCCUGCCGGCCAUCUCCACAGACGGCAACAACCGCCUCAACGCAAACCGCAUGCUGCGCGCGCGCAAAAUCCUCGGAUACGUGGCCGAACGCAUCGAACCGGCGCCCACGAAGGAAGACCAGGAGGACGCCGACGCCGCGCUGAAGCCCCACGAGUACCUCGAGCUGUACUGCAACGGCCAGCUCAUCGACCCCAAAAUGACGCUCGCGUCGAUGCGCGCCCACGUCUGGCGCGGCGGCGGCGACGUGGUGCUGCACUACAAGGCCAACGGGCGGCGCGAGAUCCGGCCGCUGCCGCGCCACCACGGGCUGCCGAGCGCCCUGCAGCAAGGCGGCGUGUCGUCCGGGCUAGGCAGCAGUAAUGUGAGUGAGGGCAAGCCGAGCAGCGAGGCGGGGCGGAGUCAGACGGAGAGUGUGGGGGAGAGGGUUGCGUCGUAG